AGCUCUGGGAGCCGGGGGAACAAACUUUUGUUUCGGUAUCCCUUUCAAAUAGCUACUGAAUGUCCGUCUUCUCUCUCAGCAAAACCACGUAAUCCGUAUGCACUGAACACAACUGGGGAUGUUCUUGAAGAUCAGGAUGGUGACUCGAGGUAAAAUAUUAUCUCCAUAUAAAGUUACAUAAUUGGUUUAGUAACCUGUGAAAACUCUUCUAAUCUUAAAUAAAGCUGAACUGUUUUAGCUGUGAUACUUUUUACAACCUGAAAAGGGGAAAAUAGAGAACAAAACAGUAACAGUAUAGUCUAUGCAUGUUUUUUUUAAAUAAAUGUAAUCUUGAAAAUGUAUUUUCAUCACUUCACACGUCUAAAUGUUGCAUUUUCAGCUGUCGUUUGAUUGUGCUUGCUUUGAACGCAUAGAAAAUUAAGAAGCCUCUAAAGCCCCACCACAGAUGCUUUAUUUCCUAUGCUUUUCACAGCGUUUGUUCCUCACUUUUGCUUAACACCUUACAUUACAUUAAGAAACUAAAGAUUUUUUUUUACUUGAAAAUGAAACGCAUGUACCUAUAGCAUGUGCCCAUGCCAGAAUUGGGCUACAUGUGAAUAAAUGUAUUCACAAAAAAAAAAGAUCUUGUAGCAAUAAGCCAUAGUUGAGAAAUAAAGCUGAUUACAACUUACACAUCAGCAGACCGUGAACCAUGAACCUUACAGUCUUGUCUGUUUUAUUCAUUUUUAUUGUGCUGUCACCUUACAGAUGGGGAUGCUGGUCAUUUUUAGUUGGUUUAUGUUGGUUUAAACACUGUAAUAAAUAUUAACAGCUAGGAAUAAACAUGGUUUUAUCAGCCUGUGGAGACGGAGUAUAACCGCAUGCAACAGGCAUAACUUUAUUCACUCAAAUUUAUGUUAUGGAUUUCACUUCUAAAAAGCUACUAAUGUUUGUGCUUGAGUAACUCUUUUAUUUUUCUUCAAUAGAUAGAGCUCUUAAAAGAUCUCAGUGAGUGAUGGGAAUAACAUGACGAUGGAAUAGGGUCAAAAAGAGUGAGGAUCAUAUGGGAUAAUUGCAAUUGAUGUUGCAAUAUUCUACAGAAAUUGCAAUAGCAUCAAAUUGAUAAUCGUUUGAUAUGUAAACUCACCAUACCUACUGGAAUGUCCAUUACUGACAAAGCUAUUUAUAGGGAGCAAUGUCCAGUAACUGACGAACAGUUGGUAGCAGGGUUUUCUGAUAGCACCCUGGCCACCAUCCUGGCUACCAAGUCUGACAUUUGCGGAAAGAAGUUUGAAUUGAAGAUUGACAAUGUUCGAUUUGUGGGUCACCCUACUCUUCUGCAGCAUUCUCCCAGCAUUCAUCCAGCAUUCAUCCAGGUUUCCAAAACCGAUCCUUCGCCCAAGAGAGACAUGCCUACGAUGAUCUUGUUUAAUGUGGUUUUUGCACUAAGGGCAAACGCCGACCCGUCUGUAAUCAGCUGCAUGCACAACCUGUCUCGGCGCAUCGCUAUAGCCCUUCAGCAUGAGGAGCGCCGUUGCCAGUAUCUGACCAGAGAAGCCAAGCUAAUGCUGGCCAUGCAAGACGAGAUCACCACUAUGACAUAUGGAAACCCUCAGUCCCCAUUUAAACAAAUUCUUCCAAAAUGUAAACUAGCCAGGGACUUGAAGGAGGUCUACGACAGACUUUGUACAACCGGUGUGGUACGGCUACAUAUUAACAACUGGCUGGAGGUCAGCUUCUGCUUACCUCAUAAGAUCCACAGGGUUGGUGUUAACUACAUCCCCCCAGAGGCAUUAGAGCGCAGUCUGAAGGCCAUAAGGCCUUAUCAUGCCCUGCUGCUGCUAGAAAGUGAGAAGGCACUGUUGGGCCAGCUUCCUCUGGACUGCUCGCCUGCGAUGGUGCGCCUGAUCAAGACCUGUUCAGCAGUGAAAAACCUGCAGCAGCUAGCCCAAGACACUGACCUGGCCUUACUUCAGAUCUUCCAAAUUGCUGCUCACUUGGUUUAUUGGGGCAAGGCGAUCAUCAUCUUUCCUCUGUGUGAGAAUAACGUCUAUAUGCUGUCUCCUCAUGCCAACAUCUCUCUUUACUCCCCUUUGGCUGAGCAUUUUGCUCAGCAGUUUUCUGGCUAUGAUCUGCCCUCCAUGUUGGCCAAAUUCUCGCUACCGGUCUCACUGGCAGAAUUCAGAAACCCUCUGGAAGCUCCUGCACAGGAGGUCCAGCUGAUCCAGAUGGUGGUGUGGAUGCUCCAGCGCCGCCUGCUCAUCCAACUACACACUUACGUUUGCCUUUUAAUACCACCUAGUGAAGAUGAGCCUGCACAAAGGGAGGAAGAACUUCCACUGGCUGCUCGAGUUGGAGGUCGCAGUCUCAGCACUCCAAGCGCUCUCAGUUUUGGUUCUCCAACCAGCAGUGAUGACAUGACCUUAACUAGUCCCAGUAUGGAGAACUCCAGUGCUGAGCUGCUGCCCGGCGGAGACUCUCCUUUGAAUAAAAGGAUGACAGAAACGCUCCUUACAAGCCUGUCAGAGCAUGAAAGGCAGAUUAUACUGAACAUCCCAGCAGCGCAAAAUCCAGAGGAUCUGCGAAUGUUUGCGAGGCUGCUGCACUAUUUUCGGGGACAUCACCACCUGGAAGAAAUCAUGUACAAUGAGAACAUGAGGCGAUCGCAACUCAAGACGCUGUUCGACAAGUUCCGGAGCGUCCUUAUUGUGACAAACCACGAAGAUCCCAUUAUUUCCAUCUUUCAGUCACCCAUGGAGUAGACUUUCAGACCAACUGGAAAUUGACAGUUUGAGAGCUGGUUACUCUGCAGCGUUCUCAGGCUCAAGGAGGGUUUACAGCAGAGUGACACGACGGCAUUAAUAUGUGAAGAGUUACAAAAUAUAGAGUAUUUUUUAUCUUGGAAACGUUUGUUUACAAUAUUAAAUUAUUUUAUGCCAGCCAGACAUGCCUUAUGGGUUAACUGUGAAUGGUGGAAGGGCUGUCGAACUGGGAGUCUGACACAAUCUCCCAAACCCAGAAUAUAAAUUAUCUGUGCUGGCUUCAUAUGUGUACACCAAGCACUGAACGUUCCAGGCCUCCAGCUACCUCUCUUUUAGGAAUCCCAAAGGUGUAGAUGGAAAGACUGCAGAGAAAAAAAUAUAGAGUCUAAACAUCAAAUAGCUUGUUUUUGCACAGGCUCAGCUUUGAUGGAAAGUGAGCUUUCCAAAUAUCUGUAAAAAUCACUGUGAGGAACAUUUCUCAUGUGUGAAUGCUUAUUGGAAAACAGAUGGAACUACCUGAGACAGACUACUGUAUGUAUGAUUUUUUUUUUUAUAACAAAACUGUCAGGUCUAAUCUUUUACCUUACAGUACAACUUUUCUUGAUUAAACUGCAUUUCAAAAUAAACUUACAAAAUGGGAAAUAAAGUUUUUAUCAUUUAAAAUUU